AUGCCCCGCGCCCCUCUCCUCCGCAUCCCAUAUACAGAUCCCUUACCCGCACCUCCAAAGACGCUGCUUCUCACCGGCGCAGGCAUAUCCGUGGCAUCGGGCCUCGCAGACUACCGCGGCGCAAACGGGACGUAUACGCUAAACAAGACGUACCGCCCCAUUUACUACAAUGAAUUCUGCGACAGCCACGAGGCAAGGAAACGGUACUGGGCAAGGAGUUUUAUGGGGUGGACGCAUCUUGAGCGCGCGAGGGCGAAUGCGGCGCAUGUGGCGUGUGGGGAGUUGGGGAGAUUGGGUGUUGUUGGGCGGGUGAUUACACAGAAUGUCGAUUCCUUCCACCCAACCACACACCCGCACCUCGCCACCAUCGAACUCCACGGCUACCUCCGCAACCUCGUCUGCCUCAGCUGCCGAAACGAGUACUCACGGCGUACAUUCCAGUCCCAACUCUCCCGCUUAAACCCCUCGUGGGCCGCGUUUCUCGCAGAGAUGCUGCAGACGGGCGCGCUGGAUACCGAGAAUCCGGUCGAGCGUCGCAAGAGAGGCUUGAAGACGAAUCCAGAUGGCGAUGUCGAUAUUCCCGAUGCGCCCUACACUACGUUUCGCUACCCUGCGUGUCCUACGUGUCUGGAGAAACCGCCGAGGCGCGCGGAUGGGACAGAGGUUACUGUGAGGGUUGAUGCGGAUGGGGCGUGGGAUCCGCGCAGUCAGGGCGGGGUGCUCAAGCCUGCUGUUAUCAUGUUUGGAGAGUCGAUUCCCGCGGCUACCAAGGUGGCGGCUGAGCAGGCGGUCGAGGCUGCGGCCAGGGUCCUGGUCAUUGGCAGUAGUCUCGCCACGUAUUCUGCGUGGCGGCUUGUGAAGAAGGCAAAGGAAAUGCGUUUGCCCAUUGGCGUCUUGAAUAUGGGUGGAGUACGCGGUGAAGAAACGUUCUUCGGGGAUAUGAACAAUGUCAAUGCCGGGAGGCAUGCUGUGCGGUUGAGCGACAAUGCAGAACGGAUACUUCCGAGUGUUGUUGAGAUUUUAGCGCAGAUGAAAAGACAAGAAUAAGAUAUAUUGGGAGGGUUAUUUCUUUCAAUCUGUAAUCUUCAUAUUUCUACGGAUAAGAGGAGAAGAAAAAUAACUGAUUCCAUACUAGAGGGAAAAAGAAAUCGGUACAGGGACAUCAGACUUUGUGGUAUCAAAAGCGUAGGAAAAGGGAAAAAGAAAAGAAAAGGUUUAUCUAAUGCCCGCAAGAGACUUUAUGCAUAUGUGCAUAUAAACGGUUUUCAACACCGCCAGAAGAAGAAUCGAAAAAAAACUUCAUAAUUU